AUGGAAUCGUCGGAGUUUCAGAGUUUCAGUGAUUCGCCACCAGAUUUUGGUGGCAAAUCACUGAAACUCCGACACUCCGACGAUUCCACGCGGGAAAAAGUUACUCUGAAAACCCCUAAUACAAGUAAAGAUAAGGAUAACGAGAACGAGGACGAGAACGAGAACGAGGACGAGGAUGAGGACGAGAAUAACGAGGACGAGGACGACGCGAAUAAGAACGACGAGGAUAAGAACAACGAGAAUAAGGACGACGAGGAUAAGGACGACGAGGACAACGACGACGUCAUAAGCAGUUACUUAACGCUCUCGACGACGUAUACUCUUAAAUACAGAGCGAGUCCCGCUUAG